UCAGAGGGUGUCGACCUGGAAAACAAGUGCAGCUUGCAGAGUUUGAAAUUAAAUACCUUUGUACAAAAGCGAGAGAAAUUUUUAUCUCUCAGCCUAUACUUCUCGAACUUGAAGCUCCAAUAAAGAUUUGUGGUGAUAUACAUGGUCAAUAUUACGAUCUGUUAAGGUUAUUCGAAUACGGCGGUUUCCCACCGGAAGCAAAUUACCUAUUUCUUGGUGACUAUGUUGAUAGAGGAAAGCAAUCAUUGGAAACGAUUUGUCUUUUAUUGGCGUAUAAGAUAAAAUACCCAGAAAAUUUCUUUAUUCUGCGUGGGAACCAUGAAUGUGCGAGCAUCAAUCGUAUUUACGGUUUUUAUGAUGAAUGUAAGCUUUUAUUGAAUGAAUGUGCUUAG